GCGCGUCUCUGUUUCUCCUCUGGGAGGCUGAGAGUCGCGGAGUUUCCUGGUUGGAGGCUGUGGCGGACGCGAUUUGCUUCCUCAUAUAGGGUUCCGGAGGCGGCGGAAAGUCCAGCGGGUCUCCGAAGCCGGUAGACGGAGCCAUGAAGAAGACCUCGGGCUUCAGGAGGCGGAAGGGCGGGCUGCCCUGGGGCUCGGUCAGCAGCCCCGGGAAGGUGGGCGCGGGCGCCGGGAGUGAGAGUGCGGACCACGCCUCCUCCCAGCCUAGGCGCCACGACCCGGACAAGGGGCUCGACAGGCUCCGCAGAGCUGCCGGCGGGGACCGGACAGAGACAAUGCGGCGGAUCCUUUCUCUGCGGAAGAGUGGCGUGGAUGACAGAGACAAGAAGAACAGGCUGUCCUGUGGACAGAGUUCUGGUGACUCAUGGCUUUCAGUAGAUGACGAACCCUUUGAUUCUGAUGCCAAGACUACCUUUGAGAAUGUUCCACAGAAAUAUGAUAGUCACUUAACUGGAGCUGAUGGUCAAAGAGGAAAACGUACAAUAAAGGAACAAGAAGAUUCUCUUGAGCAAUAUCAUCACUUGAAGCCUAAGGUUGAAAUCAAAGAGUGUGUUUCGAACCAGGUGGUCGGAAUGAAAGAUGUACAAGCAUGCACAUCAGAACAAGAUUUAGAAGUGACGUCAGAGCAAGAGCCAGAAAGGCUUGAAGGAAGUGAAAAUAACAAGCCACAGGCGGAGGGAGACAGGAAGAAGCAUGCAAGGAAUGAAACAGAAGCAUCAAGAAACCUACAUGAUAUCUCCACUGAUGACCGUAUCGAUAAUGGGUUAAUUCAACAAGGAGAGAAUGGAAAAACUGAUGGUCAGCAAAUUCCUAGGACAGAGCAGGAAGAGUGUGAUAGUGUCCCUGCCUUGCAUAUGAAGGAAGUAAAGAAAAAUGAACAUGAAGACUGGACCACAACAGAAUCUGUGACUUCACUAGUAUUUAAGAAGGCUGAUUUAAUAACUCUUGAUCUGCUGCAAGUGACUGAUGAGAGCAGUUUAACUGAAAUAGAUGAGGAAGAAAGAAGGCUUACAAAGAAAACAUCUAACGAGAAGGACAAGGUCAGAAACCAAAUCCAUUCUGUGGAUGGCUUUGAUGACUUAACUUGGUCAUCUGAAAUAGCCUCAGAGUGUUGUGAGCUGCCUUACUCUAAUUACAAAAAGUUUAUAUUGCUCAUUGAAGAACUUGGCGUGGAUUGUAAAGAUCCUGUUAACCUACUGAAAAUUCAGGAUGCAGUUCAUUCAUGGGAAAGAUCAAUAGAAGUUGAAAAAAAUCACUGUGAACUACUUACAGUAAAAAUGAAAAAAAUGGAAAAUGAGGUCCAUGUACUACAAAAGGAGUUAUCUGAAACAAUAGAAAUAAAAUUACAGUUAGAACAUCAAAAUGAUGAAUGGGAACGAGAUUUCUACAGUUUGAGAUCUACCUUAAGACAAGAAGAAGAGAAGAGAAAAAAUGCCAAUGCAUUGUAUGAAAAAAUCAGGGGACACUUAAGAAGAAAAGAAGAGCAGUACAGGAAAGAAGUUGAAGCAAACAAACAACUUCAGCUGACGCUGAGAACACGAGAUACGGAAUUGAGGACAGUAAGAAAUCAUUUGAACCAGGUUGUACAAGAGCUAAAUGACACCCAGAGGCAACUUUCUCGGGAACAGAACGCCAGAAUAUUACAAGAUGAAAUUCUGACCAAUCACCUUUGCAAACAAAAGGAGAUAGCACUGGCUCGAAGGAAAAGGAAUUCUCAGAUUCCUCACAGCCAUGACAAAGUACAAGAUCUGUUGCAUGAAAAUCGCAUGUUGCAGGACGAAAUUGCCACCCUCAGACUGGAAAUAGACACAAUAGAAAAACAGAACCAGGAAAAUAAAAAGAAAUAUUUCGAGGACAUUGGUGACCUGCAAAAGACAAUAAAACGGAAUGGGGAAAUAGUAACAACAAUGAUAUCCGAGUAUACUGCACAGCUUGGUGUCCUGACAGCUGAGAAUACCAUGCUCCAUUCUCAACUGGAGAGGGAAAAACAAAAGAAAGAAAGCCUGGAGACAGAAGUUGAAUCACACCGUUGCAGACUGGCUGCUGUUAGACGUGAUUGUGAACAAAGUGAGACAUCAAAAAGAGACGUGGAACUUGCUUUCCAGGGAGCAAAAGAUGAAUGGUUUCAUUUACCGGAGAAAAUGAAUUUUGAUGUGUCGGACCUAAAAGCUAACAGUGUCCUUCGUUCUCAGCAACUGUCUAGAACUCAAAGUAACUUGGAAAGCCUAAGCCUUAAGUUCCAACACACAAGAGAUGCUCUUACAGAAAAGCAGAAAAGAGGUUUGUUUCAGAAUGCACGGGAAGAGACCUACGCCAAACCCAGUGUCAAAUCCAGGAAAUUCAACAAAUGUAUCAAAGUAAACAAUGUAACUGAAGGAAUUCAUUGGAAAGCAGGAAUCUGUAGAGGCGAGGCUGUCUCAACUGCAGAGUGAAAAUAUGUUGCUUCCACAGCAACUGGAUGAUGCUUACAACAAAGCUGACAGUCAAGAAAAGACAAUAAUUAAUAUCCAAGACCAAUCUCGUGCUACUGUGAAACAUCUUCAAGCUGAGAAAGAAAAGCUAAAAGAGAAAAAUCAGACAUUAAUCAACGAAUGCAAUCGUUUUUUUAAAAGGCUUCAACAACAGGGAAAUGAGAAAGCAGAAAGAGAAAAUUCCAUGAAAAGCCAUGCAUGGUCGCUGUCUAUCCUGGAAAUGUGACAGGAACCUUCCAGUUCAACCAUGUGAUUUCACUCAUGAGAUGGAGUCUCACUAUGUUGCCCACGCUGGUCUGAAAUUCCUGGCCUCAUGCAAUUCUCUCUCCUCAGCCUCCCAAAGUGCCAGAAUUACAGAACAUAGAAGAGCAAACUGAGGGUUUCUUGGACAGCAUUGCAGCCAAGGAGCUUAAAAGAUGCUGCAGGAGUUUCAAGACAGUAUAGCUAGAGAGCUACUAAAAGCCAGCACACUGAAACUGUUCUCAGAAAACAAAGGCAUCAUCGACUUCCCAGGUUUAUGGUGGUGAUUUAAGGCCAAGAGACAGACUCCAGGCUCAUCUAGUAACACUCAGGCUACUCCAGUUCAAAGGCAGCCACGUGACAGGUGACAUUUUAAAUCUCCAGUCAUUUACUUUGUCAUUGGUUUACUUUUGCUCUCAGGAAAGGUUCCAGAUUCCUAGCAUGGAGUAAAAGCACCCAAAUCAGUUUGGCUCCUGUCAAGUUAUUCUGCCUCAUCUCUCAUCACUUGCCAUACUCUGUCCCUUUGCUCUAGCAUCUCGCCAAAGUCGGCUACACAGAACACAGGGACGUUCCUCGGCUCCAGCUCUCUGCACGUGUUCUUCCCUCCACCAGCCAUUCUUCUUUCUUGUCCUUCAGGUACUAACCUACAUAUUGUCUCCAGCAAACAGCCUACAAUAUUGACAUGAAACUGAGAUACAUGUCUCUUCUGUGUGUUCCAACAGUGCCCUGUUUAAUACCUGCCAUAGUGUCUGUGACUGUCUGUGGAAAUUGCCUGCGUGUCUGCUUGCUUUUCAGGUUGUAGCAUGCAAUGUUGAGGGGUGGACUGUAUCAUCUUCAUCUUGUAAUUUCGGUGCUUGUCCUAGUUCCUGAACAUAUGGUUGUUGAAUAAAUGAAUGAAAAAUGAGAAAACCAGGAGCUCUGAUACUUAACCACAAUGGUAAUUCAAUCUGUGACUAUGACCAAAUUAUAUUUCACAGUAAUUUUGUAUUGUAAUAUUACAUAUGAAUUUUUUAUUCUUAUGAACACUGAUGAAGUUCUCAACUCAUGUUACUGACUUACACUUAGUUAAUUAUGGAAUAUUUGAGAUAAGUAAUUCUUUCUUUUUUUUUCCAGAUGCUGCUGAAUUAGAAUUGGGAUCAUAUGUGGUUCCUCAUCUAGGAACUAGUGAUGAGUCAAAUAUAAAUUAAGAUAUAGUUUGGAAAUAUUAAGAAAUAUGUAUUGAUUUUAACCAGAAAUAUAUGAUCUGAAAGAUAGUAGAAUGUAAUUAUUGGUCUGUUUACCUGACAUUUUGCUUCCCAUUAUGUAUAUGAUGUGAAAAUCUUUAUUAAAGGAAAGUAUUUUUGUA